AUGUGGGAAGGCGGCGGCAUCCACGGCAGCCACCACGAGGCGCUCCUGCUGCAGGCCGCCGGAUCAGGAGCGGCCGACUACGGGCACGGCGGCGGCCCGGCUUCGUUCAUGCCGUGGCUCGGCUCGGCCGCCGCGUCGGAGUUCUCCUACAUGGCUCCACACCACGCGCAUCAGCCGGGGCCCUUGGGCACCGCCGAGGCGGCCGCCGCGAGCCCUUUUGGCUUCGGCGGCGGCGGCUGGGCGGAGCUGGGGCGGAUGACGGCCAAGGAGAUCAUGGACGCCAAGGCGCUGGCGGCCUCCCGCAGCCACAGCGAGGCCGAGCGCCGCCGCCGCCAGCGCAUCAACAGCCACCUCGCCAGGCUCCGCAGCCUGCUCCCCAACACCACCAAGACGGACAAGGCGUCGCUGCUGGCCGAGGUGAUUGAGCACGUCAAGGAGCUGAAGCGGCAGACGUCGGCGGUGCUCGAGGGGGAGGAGCCGGCCGCGGCGGCGCGGCAGCACCUGCAGCUCCUGCCUACGGAGGCGGACGACCUGGCGGUGGACGCCGCGGAGGACGGCGACGGCAGGCUCGUCGUGCGGGCAUCGCUGUGCUGCGAGGACCGCGUCGGCCUCAUCCCCGACAUCGCCCGCGCGCUCGCCGCGCUCCGCCUGCGCGCGCACCGGGCAGAGAUCGCCACGCUUGGCGGCCGUGUCCGCAACGUGCUCCUCAUCACCGCCGACGACGACGAGGAGGAGGAAGAAGGAGGAGAGGGCCAAGGGGACGACGGCGACGACGUCGGCGAAGCCUGCCCGCCGCCGGCGCCUCGUCGUCCAACCCGAGGCACGAGCUCGUCGCGUCGAUCCAGGAGGCGCUGCGCGGCGUCAUGGACCGCAAGACGGCGAGCAGCGGCGACACGUCCUCGUCUAGCGGCGGCGGCGGGAGCAUCAAGAGGCAACGCAUGA